AUGGGUGGUAAAGUUGAUUCGAAAAUCAAUAGAGGAAAUGCUCCGUAUGUAUACCGAAUUAGUGGCGAGAAUUAUCAUACACUGGGAAGUCUUCUUCCUAAAGAAGGUGGUGACCAAAGUUUGCGCAGCUUUACAUAUACGACACAGAUAAUGAAGUCUGUAAUCGCAAAACCUAACUCAAACAAACCAGCAUCCGCAACUUCUGAUUUGCUUGACACUGAACUCAUAGAGUACCUUAAGGUGAUUUUAGAUUCAAAUAAUGAGCUCGUGAAAACAUAUAGACGUGUACGAGAUCGGUUUAUUGAUAAUCCUCAAGUUGACUUGAAAUUAAGGCUUAAGGCAAAUAGGUCUAAAGAUGGUCGUACAUACAACCUACCGACGUCGUCCGAAGUUGCUGCGCUUAUUGUUGGAAACAUUGAGGAAGCUCUUGAUAAUCGUGAUGUAGUUGUUGAGUCAAAGAAAGAUGGUCUACAACGUAUUAGCGAGCUUCAUCCUUCUUAUCUCGUGCUUCAGUAUCCAUUGCUUUUCCCUUUUGGUGAAGAUGGUUACCGGAUUGAUAUUCUUCAUAGAGAAGGAAGGGCAUCAACGAAGAAGAAAGAGUCAAAAUAUACAAUGAGAGAGUAUUUUGCUUACCAUGUUCAAGAUAGAGUGAAUCAUUUCUCUUUGAUUCUCAAUGCUCAAAGACUUUUGCAACAGUUCUUGGUUGACCUUGAACAAAAUGGUAAUCCAGAUAUGUCAAACGUUGGAAUACGCGUACUACUACCAUCUUCGUUUACCGGUGGACCGCGUUAUAUGCGGGAGAAUUAUUAUAAUGCUAUGGCCAUUUGCAAAUGGUUUGGCUACCCUGAUUUUUUCAUUACGAUCACUUGCAAUCCUAAGUGGCCGGAGAUUAAAAGAUUUCUAAAGGACACGAAGAUUAAUCCCGAGGAUAGGCCGGAUAUUUUAUGCCGAUUGUUCAAAAUUAAGCUUGACGCAAUUAUGAAAGACUUGCGAGAGAAAUCUUUAUUCGGCAAUGCAUUGGCAGUUGUCUAUACCAUAGAGUUUCAGAAACGAGGUCUACCGCAUGCGCAUAUCUGUCUGUUCUUACAUGACGAAAGUAAGCUUCCUUCGGUUGAGCAUGUUGACAACUUCAUUUCUACCGAGAUACCUGACAAAAACUUAGAACCAGAUCUAUAUACUCUUGUCAGCGAGUAUAUGAUUCACGGACCUUGUGGUGUUGCAAAACCAAAUUGUCCGUGUAUGGUCGACGGACCAGAUAGGGCUGAAUUUGGUUUUGUACCAAAUGGUGAUGAAGGUCAGCUUGAAGAUGGAAAAGAUGAAAUCAAAGAGCUUCCGUUUCAUCUACCUGGUAAACAAAACGUUGUAUACGGCCCUGAUGACGAACUUGAUAGUGUUCUACAAAAACCUUCUGUUUCUUCUACGAUGUUUUUGGGGUGGAUGGAAAAGAACGAAAAAGAUCCGUUGGCGCGCACCCUUGGUCGUAUUCCUUGUGUGAAUCCUUCUAUGGGAGAGGCAUACUUUUUAAGAAUUCUUCUUAAUAAGGUAGUAGGUCCUAAGUCUUUUGAAGACAUUCGUACUGUGAAUGGACAAGUCUUCCCAAUAUUUAGAGAUGCGUGCUACGCUAGAGGCCUUUUAGACGACGACAAGGAGUAUAUAGAAGCUAUCAAAGAGGCAUACUACACACGUUCUGGUUACUAUCUUCGUAAUCUGUUUGCUACAAUGUUGGCGUCUAAUACAUUAUCAAAGCCUGAACAUGUUUGGGAAAACACAUGGGAGUACCUUGCGGAUGGUAUUUUAUACAAUCGGCAAAUGCUUUUGAGGAUCGAAGGUUUGUCUCUUCCAGAAGAACAAAUAAGGAACCUAACAUUGUUGGAAAUUGAGCGUUACUUAUUACGUAACAACUCAAGUUUAAGUCGGUUUCCGUCCAUGCCUCAACCCGACAGUGAAUCAAUAUAUUCAGCAGACAACCGUUUAAUUGCUGAUGAGCUUAGGUACGAUGUAAGCGCUCCUGCCAUUGAAUUUGAUAAUAAUUUAAGCAGCCUAACCGAUGAGCAGCGUUUAGUGUUUGAUGAGAUAAUUGAAGCAGUUAAUAGUAAUGCGGGUGGUUUGUUCUUCGUAUAUGGGUACGGAGGUACUGGUAAGACAUUUCUUUGGAAGACAUUAUCUGCAUCCAUUAGAUGUAAAGGCGAUAUUGUACUAAAUGUUGCAUCAAGUGGAAUCGCAUCUCUUUUGUUACCUGGUGGGCGUACUGCACAUUCAAGGUUUCAUAUACCUCUAAAUUUAACAGAAACCUCGAUGUGUUUUAUUAAACCGGAUGAUGACGUUGCUGAUUUAUUGAAGAAAACGAAAUUGAUCAUUUGGGAUGAAGCACCGAUGAAUCAUAAACAUGCGUUUGAAGCACUUGACCGAACAUUGAAAGAUAUCUUCAAAUGUGAGAUGACAUUUGGUGGAAAAGUUAUGGUGUUCGGUGGUGACUUUAGACAAAUACUCCCGGUUGUACCAAAUGGGAGUAGGCGAGAUUUCGUUAAUGCUUCAAUCACGUCGUCGUAUAUUUGGAGUACUUGCAAGGUCCUUACGUUAACCAAAAACAUUAGGUUAACUGUAGGAGCCAACACAUCUGAUAUAGACGAGAUUAAAGCUUUUGCGGAUUGGUUGCUUGACUUGGGCGAGGGAAAGAUUGGCGACAGUGAUGAUUGUGAGGUGGUUAUAGAUAUUCCUGAAGAUUUGUGA